CACAACAAAAGAACGGAAACCUUGAAAUGGAUAUUCGAAUUGCAAGUUCUUAGUUCUCAUUGUUUCUUUUGAUAGUUAUUGUAGCAACAGAUUCCAUCAGUCAAAAGCCUAAGCCACACUAACCACUGGGAAUAACGAUGAAACUUGCGGUUUUCCUUCCGUUGCUCCUUGCAGCCAACAGCUAUGAGGUCGAGUCUUUUUCCCUUGGCCGGACUACGACGAAGUCACCAAUGAUUCGACUGAACGCCGAAUCUCCGUCGCAACAAACAGCAACCGUCGACGAGCAGAUGUCUGAGGUUGGAAGCGAAAAAAAAGAGUCUUUGGUAGCAAAACGCCCUUCGACAAUCUACGUCCCCCUCAGUUUUGAGGAGAUGGUCAAGCAGGUGUCCUCGGCUAUGGAAGAUGCGAUGAAGGAAGGCAAGAAUCGUCAAACGCUGAGAAUUUUGUUGCCAAGAAGUUCGGACAACGAUCAACUUGKACAAUACUAUGAAAAAAGUGUCACGGACCCCGAUCCGUCCUUUUACGUCGACACCGUCCUGGUUCCACCGGACGAGACUUGGCAGGGCGGAAUCAUGCAACUCUAUCGCGCAGCAUCCCUUGCAUGCCAAGAAAUUUUGCGGUGCGUAUACAUGAAGUUUAGUGUCGAUUUCACCUUUUUUUGGAGGGGGGAAUUCAAGCGGUGGGCUGCCAUAAUUGCAGUCAUUUCUAGAUUCGAACCCAAGUUGUGUGUGCAUUUCGAAUAUUGGACAGUGUACCGUGUACUUAUCCCAAUUCUGGUUGCUUUCUUYGUUGUCUACGGAAAUUCCUACUUUCUUCGCAAUACGAUCAUGUAAUAUCAAUUGCAGACGAUAUUCCAGAAACGCCCAGGGAGGAGUCGUACCGAGAUUGCAGGAGGACCGAUCCUUCGACGAGAGUGGUGUCGACGGUGUUGGGUUGUGGAUCACGCAGGGUGCCGCUCCCUCUGACGACGUCUCGUGUUUCGUGCAGCCCAGCCAGGAAACGAUCGAUGGAAUCGAGCGCAUUUCCAGCCAGGCGGGGGAGCGCAUGGUAGCCCUGAUCAACCCUCAGUGGAGAAUCGUCGAUGAUGCCCUCGACGCGGCGUCGAAAAAGGAUGGCAUGUUCGGACAGUUGGCGUCCUUUCUUGGCGGCAAAGGCAAUUCGUUGAAGCGGCUUGAGGAUUUGGGAUUCGAAAAUAUUUAUAUUAUGGAAGGCUAUGUCUGUAAGGGCGGCAACGUUCGGUUGAUAAAACGAUUCGACACCGAGUGGUACGUGUUUGCGGAAAACGACGACGGUACAGAUUUCAUCGAAUGUGGAAGUUCCAAGGAACGACCGUCCUACCAAGACGUCGACAAAAUGCUCGAUGACAAGGGGAUAACUCUUAAAUAUACUCGAGACUUCGGCUUGUCGCCCAAGCUUUAACGGUGAGAUUGAACGAUUUUGAAAGAUAAAACAUAAUAUUCGGU